GUCGCCAUAACCAUAAGUUGUCGCCAUUUGGGGCGUGAGAUUCACCCACCCACCACCCACCAAGCCCCCACCCCGACACCCAACCUUGCCCCGACCGAGAAAUUAAUUUACCAAUAAUUCCCUUCUUCUUUCCGAGAGAGAUUUCUUUCUAUGAUGGCCUUUAUCUCAAAGAAAUUAUUGAAAUUAUUAUGCUAAUUGCUACCAUUAUCAGCCCUCCUACUUUGUCGGUGGUGGGUAUAGAAGAAGAAGAAGGCAGGGUGCCACCUCCCACAAAAAUUGUGUAUCAUUCCUUCUGACACCAACCACCCCCUCGCAAGAAUUAAUUCAACCCGGUCUUCUUGUCGUUGAGAUAUUAUAAUAACUUGUAAGAAGGAAAAAAGGAAAUUGAAAGUCUGAGAUUUUGAAGGAUAGCAGAAAUGUCGUCCUUGGUCGAGAUGUCACAAAGUAGAGCAACCGUACUCUUUAUCACGGGUUGCGUCACAUUCCCUGGCGCCCUCCUACUCCUGCAAAGGGUCUGGUUUAACACCGCAGUAGGGGCGCAGAUUCGUAAAAAGCUUGGCUUCACGGAUAAAGACUGCACCGAUAUUUCAGUCAAGGCGAUAUCUGCCGGUCAAGCCGUCCUUGCUUCAGUGGCUGGACUUAUCGUCUGCUCCAACUGUUACCGAGAUGUUAUGUAUGAUUCACAUCCAAUGACGCUCGACUAUGCGUGGUUUGGAAUUCCAUAUUUUGUCUAUGAUACUUUUGCAAUGUUUUAUGCUUCUGAAAUGUCCCCCACGGUGGAUAAGAGGAGUUCGAUGGUGGGACGGUUUUUCAAAUUUAUCUUCCGAUCUCCCAUCAUUGUGAUUCAUCAUAUGAUCCUGGCCCCGAUUGGAUUUGGUGUUUUGGUUUUUGCCAGGGAUGGAAUUCGUAACGGGGAUUUUUUCAUGGGGGUUGUAUACAUGAUGGAAAUUAGCACGCCUUUCGUCUCCUUUCGCUAUAUCUUGAGCAAGUUUAAGUUAAAAUCCUCCCCGAUCUACAACUUGAACGGGAUCAUGAUGAUCGUCCUCUUCCCCGUGUUUCGAAUUGCGAGUAUAUUUUACACCGCCAAUCUGUACGGGCAACAGAGUGGGAUGACUUUCAUGGAGGUCCUCUGGGAAAUGCCAUGGGGUUGGAAGGUUAUCUUUAUGGCUGCCAUCGCCCCCCAAAUUUACUGGUACUCCUUAAUGUGUAACGGGCUAAUCAAGAUGCUCCGACCCUCCUCCCCCAUCUCAGCCCCUCGAGUAGAAAAUGGUGCAAAAAAUGGAGUCGAAACUUCGUCCCCACCACGGCCAAAUUCGACUCCACGAGCCAAAGAAGAGUAAAUAAUACCUACAAAACCAGAUCAGUUAAUCCGUUGCUUUAAGAAGUUUCUUCCAAUAUACAUAGAAAACUAGAAGAGAUUGCAAUAAGUUGAAGCUUUAAUGAUCGAUAGGUACACAAGAUGAUAUGUAGAUUGAUGCCGACUUGACUGUCAAACUGAUGUAAUAUUUUGCUAGCUUUUUUCCUCUUUACACACCUUACCGUGCCUCCAAGACGUAUGUAUCUAAAUAGUAUAGUUUAAAAAGUGUUAUCACGUUGGCAGCCCUUACCCACUUUCACGCGACACACUUAUCUAUGCAUUCGUGAAUUUAGUGAAAUUGGGGAGGAACUAUUGAACAAACCCUUCUGGUGCAUUAUUAGUAUUUACAUAAUUACUAAUUAAAAUUGAAUAGUGGACUUAUUAACAAUAGUAAUAAUAUGUAAAUGUAUCUAUGCAAAUGGACUUCUCACCAGCUAUCCCCACCACUACCACAUCCCAUUUAAAAGCAAAUUGGUUCAGUUAGUUAUUUAAUUAGAUGAACAAAAGACUUUAAGAGUAUUUCACUUACUAGUCGUACGUACUUAAAUUAAACAAUUAAUUAAUUAGAUUGUAGGAGAGAAAAGUAAGUUCUAGUCAUCAUUAUAAUAACGAUAUCUAUGCAAAUAGUACAACCAAAUUAUUAUUCAGCGUUACCUGAUCCGUACGCAAUCUUACCGAGUAAUUACAAAAAAUAUAACCAAUUAAAUACAACCAAUUAAAAUUAUUUCACGCCAAAUCUACCUGAAACCUCACACCUGCCAUAAGUCCUUACAACCAUUACUUAAUAGUUACACUACUUAAUUAAUUACUUAAUAAUUAACUUGAUAAUUAAACGAAUACAUAUGCAUGCGUAGAUAUUACGUCAUGUGAUAUUAAUCUCAAAAUGAAAGAAAUAUAUAAAAUAAUAAAGUUCUUGUAA